UCGGAUUGUGUCUGUGACUUUAUCACUUUCAUUUCCAAUUCCUAGUUGCCACUGCUUGUGCUUAGAUAAGAAAGUGCCCACAAUUCUCUGUACAAAGAUUAUGAAGUUUUUGGAGAACUGAAAUAAAAUCCAAAAACCCAUAAAAAGUAUCUACAAAAACCCGGAAAAUUAAAAGAAAAAAAAUGAGUUCAUAAUCAAGGACAGUGAGGAAGCUGGAAGUGGUGUCACCAGUACCAGCAGAUAUAGACAUUGCUAACUCAGUUGAGCCUUUUCAUAUAUCUCAAAUCGCUAAUGAACUUAAUCUCAGUCCUAACCAUUAUGAUCUUUUUGGCAAAUACAAGGCCAAGGUAUUAUUGUCUGUUCUUGAUGAGCUUGAAGGAACAGCAGAUGGGUACUAUGUGGUUGUUGGAGGGAUUACACCUACACCACUUGGGGAAGGCAAGUCUACUACUACAGUUGGGCUUUGUCAAGCUUUGGGUGCUUUUCUUGAUAAAAAGGUUGUCACCUGCCUUCGUCAGCCAUCACAAGGGUCAACAUUUGGAAUUAAAGGAGGUGCAGCAGGUGGUGGUUAGAGUCAAGUGAUUCCAAUGGAUGAUUUCAAACUUCACCUAACAGGAGAUAUUCAUGCUAUAACAGCUGCAAAUAAUCUACUAGCAGCUGCUAUUGAUACCCGGAUUUUUCAUGAGUCUACACAAUCAGAUAAGGCUCUUUUGAACCGACUAUGCCCUCCGAAUAAAGAAGGGAGAAGAAGUUUAGACAUAAUGUUUAGGCGUCUGAAGAAACUUGGUAUAUCUAAGACCAAACCAGAGGACCUUAUAGCACAAGAAGUCAAGAAAUUUGCAAGGCUUGAUAUUGACCCGGAUUCAAUUACAUGGAGGAGAGUGAUGGAUGUCAAUGACAGGUUCUUGAGGAAGAUCACCAUUGGCCAAGGUCCUGAAGAAAAGGGGAUGGUGAGAGAAACAGGAUUUGACAUUUCCGUUGCAAGUGAGAUAAUGGCAGUUUUGGCCCCAACAUCUCUUUCUGAUAUGAGAGAGAGGCUUGGAAAAAUGGUGAUUGGAAAUAGCAAGGCUGGUGAUCCAAUAACAGCUGAUGAUCUUGGUCUUGAAGGUGCUUUGACUGUACUAAUUAAGGAUGCAAUUAAUCCUACUUUAAUGCAGACCCUGGAAGGAGCCCGUGUUCUUGUUCAUGCCGGUCCUUUUACAAACAUUGCUCAUGGAAAUUCUUCUAUUGUUGCUGAUAAGAUUGCAUUGAAACUGGUCGGACCUGGUGGCUUUGUGGUCACAGAAGCAGGCUUUGGUGCUGACAUUGGAACCGAAAAGUUUAUGAAUAUAAAGUGCCGAUACAGUGGUUUAGUGCCUCAGUGUGCUAUUAUCGUUGCAACAACUAGGGCCCUGAAAAUGCAUGGAGGUGGGCCAGAAGUAGUUGCUGGGAAGCCUCUUGACCGUGCCUAUACAACUGAGAAUGUGGCUUUGGUUGAAGCUGGUUGUGUAAAUCUGGCUAGGCAUAUUUCAAAGACCAAAGCUUACAGUGUAAAUGUCGUUGUUGCUGUGAACAUGUUCUCAACUGAUUCUGAAGCAGAACUUAAUGCAGUUAAAAAUGCAGCAUUGGCAGCUGGGGCAUUUGAUGCUGUUGUCUGCACACAUCAUGCCCAUGGUGGGAAGGGAGCAGUGGAUCUAGGAAUUGCAGUUCAAAGAGCAUGUGAGAAUGUGACACAGCCGUUGAAGUUCUUAUAUCCUUUGGACAUUAGCAUUGAAGAGAAAAUUGAGGCAAUAGCAAGGUCAUAUGAUGCUACUGCUGUUGAGUACUCAGAGCAGGCUAAGAAGCAGAUUGAGAUGUACAGCCGACAGGGGUUCUCUGGUCUACCAAUCUGCAUGGCUAAGACCCAGUAUUCAUUUUCACACAAUGCAGCUGAGAAAGGAGCUCCUUCUGCAUUUAUUUUACCAAUUAGGGAUGUGAGGGCAAGCAUCGGGGCUGGUUUUAUUUAUCGUUUAGUUGGGACAAUGAGCACCAUGCCGGGGCUUCCGACAAGGCCUUACUUUUAUGACAUUGAUGUCGACACUGCCACUGGUAAGGUCAUUGGUCUGUCGUGAAGCUGACAAAUCCUCCCAAGACAGUGUAAUUCUCCAUUGUUUGCUAAAGCUUCCUUUUCCUGGAAGUACAUAAUUUCACCUGUGUGGUUCCCUUGUGGUUUUUCUAAUGCUCACUCUUAUAUUCAAGCCUGAAUAAUGGAAUAGCUCUUUCCUGGUGGAAAUUGAAGGGAAAAUGCUUGCCAUUGGUAUUGCCUGAAUGAGGCAGCCUUUCCCUCAGUAACAAGAACACAUGUUCAUGAAUGAAAUGAAGAUUUCCCUUACAA